UUAGUCCCUUGUGUGGCAGCUGUAGUUGUUUCUAUGAGGCUUCAUGAGUUUAACUGGUUUUAUUGGUUUGAGCCCAUUACUGGACCUCCUUCUGGUCCAACGGAACCGGACCAGCUGACAGAACCGGAGGAUCAGUAGUUUAUUAUGGAACAGAACCGAUCAGACCUUGGGAUGAAACUUGCCCGAACCUGUUCCAGAACGGUGCCGCUGCCGGUUAUUUUCAUCCUUGCGGUUCGAACCGGGCCAGACGGUUACGUAAGCCUCGUGGUUCUAGACCCAGAUCUCGGUGUCCAGAACUGCUGGCAGCGCUGCGGCUCAUCCCAUUAGCGGGUUAUUUUCGGAGCGUCGCUGAUUCUCCAGAACCUAAGCGGGUUACACACAGAGCUGUGACUUCUGCUCUGCGGUCACGGCAGCCCGGUUCUGCCGCUCUCUGGGUCCGCGGUACCGGAGCUGCUGCCAUGGGGAACCAUGGCUCCAACCUGGACGACAUCCUGGCCGAGGACAUGCACCACUGGUACAACAAGUUCAUGAAGGAGUCUCCGUCCGGACUCAUCACGCUGUUCGAGCUCAAAGCCAUCCUCAACCUGAAGGGCAUCACGGAGUACGCCAACAGCUACGUGGAGCAGGUCUUCUUCACCUUCGACAUGGACGGGGACGGCUACAUUGACUUUGUGGAGUACAUCGCGGCCAUCAGCCUGCUGCUGAAGGGAGAGAUCAACCAGAAGCUGAAGUGGUACUUCAAGCUGUUCGAUCAGGACGGGAACGGGAAGAUCGAUAAGGACGAGCUGGAGACCAUCUUCACGGCCAUCCAGGACAUCACCCGGAACAGGGACAUCGACCCGGAGGAGAUUGUGACACUCAUCUAUGAGAAGAUUGACGUGAAGGGUGAAGGUGAGCUGACACUGGAGGAGUUCAUCGACGGAGCCAAGGACCACCCAGACAUCAUGGCUUUGCUGCGGAACCUAAUGGACCUGACGCCGGUUCUGGAGAUCAUCGUCAAAGGCCGCCAGCCCGCUGUUGAGAACUGACCAAUCGCUGCGGCCACUCCAAAUCGACCAAUCACACGCCAGACUCUGGGAGGACUCCUAAAAUCAACCCAUCCACACCAAUCAAACCCACAGAACUUUAAAUGGAGCCCAGCAGCCGUCCAGUUCUGACCCGACUCAGGAAUAUGACUGGGUUUUCGGAAGCUGCUGCUGCGGAUCGGACUUUCCGCCAUGAUGGAUUUCAUAUGGCCGGAUGUUUUUACCUUUCACAAAAACAUUUCUACACUCAUCUCUGAAGAGUAUAUUUAGUAAAAGAAAAAUUAUCGUAAAAUAUUUUCAACAUUCCAGAUGUUCAAUAUCUGAAGGUCCAAAAUUAAAGAUGUUUUUACAAUAUUUCUUAAAUAAUUAAAACAUUUAUCAACAACCACAAAUCAAAUAUAUAAAUCUGCUUUAAAGAAAAAACCCCAUUAAUUCUACAAUCAUAAAUAUUAGGUCAAACCAUUUCCAUGUUUAGAAACUGAUCAGAGGAUAAAUUCUUUUCAGAGUCCGAUUUAUCUUGCGUAGCGUCAGAAGUUUAUUGGCCGGUCUGGAAUCAGUUUGUCAGCUCACCAACAGAAGCUAACUGCUGCGGCUGUCGCACACCUGAUUAACGUUUCCCAUUCAAGGUCACAAACAUGAAGUGAUGUUUCUGAACAAAACGUCAAGUUCACUUUAACUCACGGAUAAUCGUGAAUUAUGACGGCUCAUUUUAAAGGCUAACGAGUUGCUAGCAAACAGCAUCAUCUGACUGUUUCAGAUUUGGUAUGUGAAUGUUGGCGACUGGGAGGUGAGCAGAAGGAAGUUCAGACUAAAACUGGAGCCUCAGCAGAGUCACUAGUGAAUGGUGCAUCAAGCAGGUGUUAAAGUCAAGGCCCGAGGGCCACAUCUGGCUCACCAUAGCUUUUUCUGAGGGACACGUGAACAGAACCUUCCGGAUAUUCAGGAUAACAGUUGUUAGCUUAAAUAGUCUCAUUUAAUCAAAGCAGUUUUAUCAGUUUACUGCCAGAUACUCUAGUGUUUUUUUAAUCUGCUGUCGUAGAAACUCCUGUCUAAUCAACAGAUUCCCAAAUGUGUUCAUGCUAAUGCAGAGUUAUGAGUUUACUGCAAAUUUUCCACAAGAACAGUUAAAACAUUACAUUUAAGUGAUGGUAACUCCCACCUUUAGGUGGCAGUGUUUCAUACUGCUACAACUCUGCUGCCUCAGCCUGACUUGAUGCUAUAAUUCAUGAUCGAUACAGCGAGAAACAAAGGGUCACAUUUACUGUCAAACAUGAGCACAAAUAUGGCUUAAUCUCUAAAUUAUUCUUUCUAAAUUAAUUUUGAUUGCAAAAAAAAAAAAUCAUGAAAUUCUGGUGGAACUGAUCAAUGUCAGAACAGGGGACAAUAUUUCAUUUUAAGAACUUAUGGAUUGUAGACCGUUAUUUAUUAAUAUCAGUUUUUAGUGGGUUUCACAUAUUCAGGUUAUACAUCCAUGAUAUUUAUGCGACUCAGAGUGAAACUGAGUCCGACUCCCUGAUGCAGAGCAACACGUCUGUCCAGGUCAGAUGAUCCACCUCCUUUGCUUCUGCUGCUCCUCCUUAAAGCUCUAAAUAUUAAACAUGUCACCAAAAAACACCCAGAGUCUAAUUCAAACAUUUAAAGACACGGGAUAUCCUGAUACCUGCUGCUCUGAACCAGUACAUGGAGUUCAGAGCAGAACCGGGUCAGAGCAGAACCGUGAUAUCAGAGUAAAACAGCGUAUUGUCCUGCUGUAGACAGAAAAAAAAAGUAAAUUUGCACCAAAGAAAU